AAUGUUCAAAUGACGUAUCUGAUGACGUAGCUGAAGACGGUCGAAGCCUCGAACAGACCGUACCACGUGACCGGUUCAGGAAGUGGAUCGAGCAGUUCAAUUCCCGAUUUAAGCGGCACAAAGCGCAAUGGAGGUCCCCCGUUUUGUCACGUUUUGUGAGCAUUUGGGACCGUUUUGUGAGCAGCUGUGUGUCGAUUAUCGAUUACUGUUGUCAUGGAGCCAUCGAGAGAGAGAAAGUUUCCCCGGUUUGGGAACACUUCAAUCUCAUCUCUGCCAACAAGGUGAAGUGCAGGUUGUGUUCGAAAGAGCUCAGAUACAACAACAACACUUCAUCUAUGUUGAGGCACUAUUGGGCCCUGCAUGAGACGAAGGAGACCGGUCCUGAGCAGCCCAGCAUCGAUGAUAGGAGUGGUGUGGACGAUGCUUUGGUUGACAUGGUCAUCCUUGACUCUCAGCCCUUCUCCUUUGUGGAGGACAAGGGGUUCAAGAAGCUUGUUGCUGCUUUGAACCCUGGCUAUGUUCUUCCUACCAGACAGGCUUUGAAAGCCAUGGUGGAGAAGCGGUAUGAGGAGCUCAAAGAGAAGGCCAAAGUGUUGGUGUCAACUGCUUCAGCAGUUAGUCUCACAUCAGACAUGUGGACGUCCAUCAACACGGAUGCCUGUCUGGCUGUGACUGGGCAUUUCAUUGACACUAGCACAACGUUGCAAACGGUUGUGCUGGGAGUCGUUCAUUUUCCGCAGUCCCAUACAGCGGAAAAUUUGGCCCAGGUGAAGUCCAGGCUCAUGUUGGAGUGGGGCAUCACCGACAGAGUCACUUGUUUAGUGACUGAUGGCGCACCAAAUAUGGGGGCCUGCAGCCGGCACCUUCAAUUGCGUAACACAAAUUGUGUGGCGCAUACAUUGAACCUCUUUAUUAAAAAGGCUAUUGAGCAAAAUCCUGUGCUGUCCAAAAUCCGCAUUGAUGCAAGGAGGCUAGUGGGAUAUUUUAAGAGCAGCACAACUGCGAAGGAGCGGCUGAGCCAAAUGCAAGUUCACAUGGGCCAAACAACCCUGAAACUUGUGCAAGAGGUCGACACUCGGUGGAACAGCACCUUCCAUAUGCUCCAGCGGCUCCAUGAUAUGAAGGAGCCCGUUGGAGCAGCAUUGGCAGGCCUGAGGACCGAGAUAGCGCCACUCACAAUGGAGCAACUCUGAAAGUCCUGGCUCCCUUCAAUGACGCUACUGUGGAGCUGUCUGAGGAGAAGAGGGUGUCAGGAUCGAAGGUGAUUCCCCUUCUUUCCAUGUUAUGCCAUUCCCUAGAGGAAGAGGAGAUUGGCAUUCUUCAAAUGCUGGAGUCCAGAGACAUGGCAGAGACUCUGAGGCACCAAUUAAAAGACAGACUUAACAUCAUACAAACCAUGAGUGUGCACUCACUGCCGACGCUGCUAGAUCCCCGAUUUAAAAAAAUCGGCUUUCAUUCUCCCAGCAGAGCAGAGGGGGCAGAAAAGAGACUUGUGGCAGAGUGUGCUGCAAUUGUAAGGGCCACAACACCUACCUCCUCUGCUGCCUCCUCCUCUUCCACCUCCUCUUCCCCCUGCUCCAGCUCCCCAUCAUCCCCAACCAUACCAGAGGCUCCUCACUCUACAAGUAAAGGCAGCAAACUGUGGCAGUGGUUUGACAAGAAUGCCAGUCAAACACGCUCCAGCUGCACGGCAGACUCCAUUGUGGAGGUGAAAAUGUACCUCGCAGAGCCUAACAUUCGUAGACAUGAUGAUCCCCUCCGCUAUUGGGGGGACAAACAAAUGAUAUACCCACACUUGUACACUUUGGCAAAAAAAUACCUGUGUACCCCCACCUCAUCUGUCCCAUGUGAAAGGGUUUUUUCAAAGGCGGGGGAAAUUCUGUCCAAGAAAAGAAAUAGACUAAGUCCAAAAACAGUUGAAAAAAUUCUAUUUUUGAAUAAAAAUAAUUAAUAUUCCAUUUUGCCUUGUGUGUGUGUACAUCUUAUCCAUGUCUUCUCAAACACUAUGUUUUAUAU